AUGACAGUAGUUUUGCACUCCGUGGAACGUAACGUUAGAAAAAAAAGUAGAUCGUUGAAAACGAGUGCCCGGAAGAUCUGCAUGAUAUAUUUUGAAUCGAAAUCUACUGGCGCUACUCUUGCUACACUAUUUCCUGCACUGAUGCAGAAAGUUCAGUUGAAGCGUCCAAACCUUGUGCACUCCACGUGUCGAGACGUGAAGUCAGCUUACGGGAAAAGUCGGUACAAGUAUCAUUAUUAUAUGUUGUCAUUUUUUCUAAUUAGAAGCGAAGUUCCAUAGAUAAAUUAUUUAUAUCUAGAUGUUAUUCAGAUAUAUUAUUUUUGACAACUGUAGAAACAGUAUCAAUGUAACCGAAGUAUGGCUGAGUCGCAGGUAAUGUCCGCUUAUGCCGUGUAUAAGCGUCAAGUGAUGGAACAAGCACCACAUAGUUCUAAAAAGGUGAAACAGCAACACUUAUCGCGAGAAAUUUCAUUGUCCGACAAAAAUCUCAAGGCAAAGAGGACCAAAAGACAACCAGGAGAAAUGACUACCAAGAAGAAUCAAGUUAACGGUGAUUUAGAUAUCUUCAAGAAACUCAAGAAAGGGAUUGUCAGCAAGAGGAUAAGGACUGUGAGGAAUAAGAAGAAAAAUAAAAAAGAGAAAUCGAGCGGAAUACAAUUACCGAUAAGGAUACUAGAAGUAUCAAAAAAUGUCAAGACGCGACAGAAAAGUCGCCUGUUAAAUGGUGAAAAGGAUGACAGAAACAUGGAAAAUAAGCAUCAUACCGAUCCUAUUAAAGAUAGUAGGGACUUGUUUCAGUGGUUGAUACAUCCUAUGGAAGCACAAGACUUUCUUGAAAACUACUUUGAGAAACGUCCAAUGCAUGUACAAAGGGAUGUAGCCUCUUAUUACUUAAACAUUGUAUCAACAUCUAUAUUGGAUAAAGUAUUGAGGGAGAAGAAUGUCUUCUUCACCAAAAAUAUCGAUAUCACCUCUUACACCAACGGAAUGAGAGAAACUCACAAUCCAACUGGUCGUGCUGUCGCUAAUGCCGUUUGGGAUUAUUACAUAAACAAGUGUUCUGUGAGAAUGUUGAAUCCUCAAACGUUUAUACAGAAUAUAUACAUGUUGAAUGCUAUUCUUCAGGAAUACUUUGGCUGCUUCGUCGGCUCCAACUUGUACCUCACACCACCCGGUAGUCAAGGUUUCGCGCCUCAUUACGACGAUAUAGAAGCGUUCGUGUUGCAAGUCGAAGGCAAGAAGAGGUGGCGGCUUUACAAACCUCCUGAUAAAAGUUAUCUGGCGAGGUACUCCUCUAGAAACUUCGACGAGUCAGAAAUCGGGGAACCUAUACUGGACACGAUCCUUACGGCCGGGGAUUUGCUGUACUUCCCGCGAGGGACCAUUCAUCAAGCGGAAACCGCUGACGAUGCUCACAGUUUGCACAUUACGUUGAGCGUUUAUCAGAAGAACAGCUGGUACGACUUUCUCGAGAAGCUACUUCCGCUGACCCUGAAGCGAGCGGCUGAGGAGAACUACAAGUUUCGCGAAGGACUGCCCUUGGAUUAUUUGAGAUACGUCGGCACUGCACAUACCACGAGCAACGAGGAGGCCAGGGAAAUCUUCGGGACGAAGGUCAAGGCUUUUCUCACUUCUUUGAUAAACUACAUCGACAUAGACAGCGCAGCCGACCUGAUGGCCAAGAGCCACAUCCACGAUUUCCUGCCGCCUGUUCCCAGCCUUAAGGAAAAAGAAUGUUCGGUGGCUCAAGACGGCGAUAUUAUGACUGACAACGGAUUUGUCAGACGUUGCGCACCGAUCGAGCCCGAUACGAGGGUACGAUUGAUAAGAUCGCAUUGUAUAAGGUUAGUGAAAGAAGAGGACGGUGCAUAUCGGAUUUACUACUCCACUGAAAACUCCAAAGAAUACCACGAAUACGAACUGCAGUUCGUAGAAGUUGACGAGGAAUUUGUUCCUGCCGUUAGAGAAAUAAUAAGAUGCUAUCCUAGAUUUAUACGUGUGAGCGACUUGCCGAUUGACUACGAUGACUAUAAGAUCCAAAUAGUGAAAGAUCUUUGGGAGAAAGGUCUUCUCAUAAUGGACAAUCCUCGACGCAAUAUUAUGACGAAAAAGAGUAACAAAGGUUUAAUAACUAAGAAGAAACGUUAAAAGUGACAUAUAUAAUCCCUCAGG